AUGACUUCCACGACCGGAGACGACCUCACCAAUGCUGUGCACAUCAGUUGCAGUGCCGACAAACCUACCUUCGAAAGCGUCACACUCACAAUUAGAGAGAUCGAGCGUCUGAUGAUAUAUGGACAUAGCUCUCCUGAUGGGAUGUCGUAUGACUCGUCUCAGAUCUCGCGUCGCAUCGGCACUCCUCUCCGCACAACCAUCGAUUACCAGUAUAAAGGGCCACCAGAAGUUGGCAUGGGUUGGUCGUAUGCACUCGCUCUUCACACUCUGUGCGAGCCUGACACAAUGAGGGAUCUUGACGGCUUGGGUUACGGAUGGGGAUGUAAUAAUGGCGGCUGGAAUACCUCCCUUCCUGCCGAUGUCUACGUGAUCAGAGAAGACGGCAACCCGCUGUGUCCCAAGUUGCUCGAAGCACUCUGA